GAGGAUGAGAGGCCAAAGAAUAAGAGGAAGGCAUCGGAGAAGAAGCAACAAAUUACAAAAAAAAGCCAUCAGCUGCACUUACAGCUGCUGCGGCAUUGAUGGGUAAGCAAAGGAUUUCUAGUAUGUUUACCUCUUCAGUGUUUAAGAGAGACGAUAAGACGACAAGGAAUUUGUCGUGCGAUAGCAUUGUAGAUGAUGUUAUAGCUGAAUUUGCUCCUGAUGAGGCUGACAGAGAGCGAAGGCGAAGGGGAAAUUCAAAUUCUAACUCAUUGCAUGCUUCGAGGAGUUCAAUUGCUAAUUUCAACUCGUUUACUGUCAAAACUGAGAAGGCUGUAGCUGAUAAUAACCUUGAUUUCAUGGUUAGACAGGAAGUCAAGAGUGUUACUGUUGAAAAUAGUGAGUCUAUUUUCGGUGGCUUACCUAAAAUUAGUAUCGAUGAAGGAAAUGAUUCGCCAAUGAUUACCAAAAUAGUGAGGUUUUAGAUGCUGAUGUGGAAACGAGGGAUAAUGAUAAUGUGGUAAAUUGUGCUGA